GGGAGAACGCUUGUUCAGGCGAAGGGGUAGCUAGGCCGAGAGAAGCCGGGGGCUCGCGUAGAUGUCUUCGCCGGAGGAGGCGUGGGUCGCGCCGGCCCCGGAAAGGGACCUGCCGCUAGAGUGGGAAACGGAUGAAGAACGCAUGGCGUUUCUGUUCUCGGCUUUCAAACAGAGCCGGGAGGUUAACGCCACCGAGUGGGACAGCAAGAUGGGCUUUUGGAGCGAGCUGGUGUUGAAAUGGGGAAGACGGAAAGGAGGGAUCUGCACCUGCUUGAGGGAGCUCCAGCAGGCUUUCGAGCGCCGGGGGAGCGUCCCUCUCAGCCUGGGCACCGUCCUCCGCGAGCUGCUCAGACGUGGCAAACUGCAAAGAGAAUCUGACUUCAUGUCUAGUGUGGACAGUAGCUGGAUCUCCUGGGGCGUGGGAGUCUUCAUUUUGAAACCCCUGAAGUGGACAUUGUCUAGCGUAUUAGGUGACAGCAAAAUGCCGGAGGAAGAGGAGAUCCUGAUUUAUGUGGAGAUUCUUAAGGAGAAAGCCGAAGAAGUUUAUAAUCUCUACCAGAAUUCCACACUUUCAUCCCAUCCUAUUGUUGGUUUGUCUGAGCUGCGCUCCCUAUGCACCAGCAUCUGUCCAGAUGAGCGAACAUUUUGUCUGGUGCUGCUCCAAUUGCAGAAGGAGAAGAGGGUCACUGUCCUGGAACAGAAUGGUAAUAAGAUAUAAAGAGGGUGCUCGGAGUGCCUGCAAAGCUGGGAAGAAGCAGCAGGCCAUGAGAUCUUUGAAGUCCAGAAAAAGAGUAGAAAGGCGCAUUGCAGAGCUUCAUUCCAAGUUGGACGUGGUACAAGGCAUCCUAGAUCGGAUAUAUGCCUCUCAGACAGAUCAAAUGGUAUUUAAGCUGAUACAGAGGAACUUGAAAGAGAAUUGGACAGUCUUCUGUUGGACUCCCCAAAAAGACAGCCGUACCUGCCUUCUGUUCCACCAAAGCCACUGUCUCCAGCUUCCGUAGGACUUCCCAGCUUCACAGAUGCUGAGCUUGAAGCUGAGCUGGAGAAGCUCACUUAUUCAGAUGGUG